GCGCCCGCGAAGACGAGUCUAGCCAUGAUUCUGAAAACGCCAAUUCACCACUCUUACCACCCUAGUCUCCGAACCCCUAACAGAGAAUUCAGUCGACGUUCCUGUCUAUACAGACCCACUCUCCGAACCUUAAAGCUAAAGAGCAAUACGAUUUUUAUUUCCAAUUGCAUUUCUCCGAGCGAUGAAGUUACUGGGAGCAUUGCUCAAAUUUCAGCGAUUGAAGAAGAAAAGGAAGAAAACACAGCUGUAGUAGGGAAAACGCAUUUCUUCGAAGAGACUUCUGAGCAAAGCAGAGAAGAGUUCUCUGAGAAUGAGAGCUUGUGGAGUCAGAUGGUGGAAAUCGCCAAGUUUUCUGGACCGGCAGUUGGCCUUUGGACUUGCGGCCCAUUAAUGAGUUUAAUUGAUACUGCUGUUAUUGGUCAAGGAAGCUCCAUUGAGCUUGCUGCUUUAGGUCCGGGGACUGUGUUUUGUGAUAAUACGAGCUAUGUGUUUAUGUUUCUCUCAAUUGCUACUUCAAAUUUGGUUGCUACUUCUCUUGCCAGACAGGAUAAAAAUGAGGUGCAGCAUCAGAUAUCUAUCUUGCUGUUUAUUGGAUUGGCUUGUGGUUUUCUUAUGCUUUUCUUUACAAGGUGCUAUGGUCCUUGGGCGUUGACUGCUUUUGCAGGGGCAAACAAUGCUGAAAUCAUAACUGCAGCAAACACAUACGUUCAGAUUCGAGGCUUAGCAUGGCCAGCAAUACUAAUUGGAUGGGUUGCUCAAAGUGCAAGCUUAGGAAUGAAAGAUUCUUGGGGACCUUUAAAGGCUUUGGCAGUUGCAAGUGCUAUUAAUGGCAUUGGUGACAUAGUGUUGUGCAGAUUCUUAGGAUAUGGUAUUGCUGGAGCAGCAUGGGCGACAAUGGUAUCUCAGGUUGUUGCAGCUUAUAUGAUGAUUAAAGCUCUGAACAGUAAGGGAUAUAAUGGCUUUGCCAUCUCUGUUCCAUCACGUAAUGAACUCCUUCAGAUAUUAUUGCUUGCAGCUCCAGUAUUUGUGACAAUGAUGUCAAAGGUGGCAUUUUACUCUCUGCUUGUGUACUUUGCUACAUCAAUGGGUACAAAAACUAUUGCUGCUCAUCAGGUCAUGAUACAAGUGUACUGCAUGUGUACCGUAUGGGGCGAGCCUCUUUCACAGACGGCACAGUCUUUUAUGCCUGAGCUGAUAUAUGGAACUAAUCAGAAUCUAGCCAAGGCUCGAACAAUGCUGAAAUCACUCGUCAUUAUUGGUGCGCUAAGUGGACUGAUUUUGGGGUUUAUUGGAACAUCAGUUCCUUGGCUAUUCCCUAAACUCUUUUCGCCUGAUCCUGAGGUUAUACAGGAGAUGCACAAGGUAUUGAUACCUUACUUUCUUGCACUAUGUAUCACACCCAGUACUCACAGCCUUGAGGGUACCUUAUUGGCUGGACGAGACUUGAAGUUCAUUAGUACAUCAAUGACUGGGAUCUUUUGUUUGGGCUCCCUUCUCCUUGUGCUAUUAAGCAGCAAUGGUUAUGGUUUAGCUGGGUGUUGGUUUACACUCGUUGCAUUCCAAUGGUCUCGGUUUUCUAUUGCUCUACGGCGGCUCACUUUACCAAACGGGAUGCUUUAUUCUGAAGACUUGACCCAUUAUCAACUCGAGAAGCUGAAAUCUGUAUAAUAUUGUUUCUACUUUGAAGCCAUUAUGCCAUUCUUAGGUCUGCAUCAUUGCGCAGAUGCAGACUUUCUUCUUCUUCCUCUUUUCUUCUUAAAUUAAGUCACAAAAAAAAAAAAAAA